UCACCUGCCUCUCCUAACAUGUCCGCCGAUCUACCUCUGAUGUUGCACUUCCGCUCACGUCCGCGCUCGUGUGAUGAUGAUAUGCGUCUGUUUCCGCCUGAAACUUCCUUUCUGGCAGCGGCUAAAUCUUCGCCAACAUGCCACUCGCAAAAGACUUGCUGCAUCCGACGCCUGAGGAGGAGAAGAGGACGCACAAGAAGAAGCGGCUCGUGCAGUGUCCCAAUUCUUAUUUCAUGGAUGUCAAGUGUCCCGGAUGUUAUAAGAUCACGACGGUGUUCAGUCACGCGCAGACAGUCGUGCUUUGUGUCGGUUGCUCGACUGUGCUGUGUCAGCCCACCGGAGGCAAAGCUCGGCUCACCGAAGGGUGCUCCUUCAGAAGGAAGCAGCAUUAAGAUGUUUUCUGGAUGCUUCCUUGGAGAGAGGGAAUGAGAGAGAGAGAGAGGAAGGAGACGGACCGGCCUCAGUGACAGCAGCCUGAUUAUUUCAAGCAAGAGAUGAAGAAAUGCAACCAAACACUCAUAGAGGUCUGAAGAACUGACGGGAAACACCCUCCAACCUAGUGUCUCUCUCUCUGUCUCUCUCAAUAAAAUGUUUGGGCUACAA